AUGUUACAAGCAAUCAAGUACUCCAAGGGCAACCUUGAGAUCCUGGAUCAAUUACAGCUUCCAUUUAUCGAAACAUUCAUUCCCGUGCGAACGACAGAAGAUGGAUGGCACGCAAUCAAAGACAUGAAAGUUCGAGGCGCGCCUGCUAUUGCAAUCGUAGCAAUGCUUUCUCUAGCCUCCGAACUUACAUCUGCCAUCGAGACUGGCAAGCUUGCACAAGGGGCGGAAGAGGUGUGCCAAUACAUUACAGAGAAGCUUGCAUAUCUUGUGACGAGUAGGCCAACUGCCGUCAACCUCGCCGAUGCUGCGCGCAAGUUGGAAGCCGUGGUGGUCGCUCGCACGAAAACGUCGGGAUCACAGGGCUGCGAAGUCGCAGAUGCCUUCAUCCAGGCUGCGGAGGAUAUGAUGGGAAGUGAUCUGCAGGACAACCAGAGGAUCGGGCACAAUGGUGCAGAAUGGAUCGCGACUCAUGCGGCUAAGCCAGGGAGCUCUGAAGUUGCUGUGUUGACGCACUGCAACACUGGGUCUCUCGCCACUUCUGGAUACGGGACGGCAUUGGGUGUGGUUCGUUCGCUGGCCUCGAAGAACAUCCUGCGACACGCUUAUUGCACAGAGACUAGGCCCUAUAACCAGGGAUCUCGCCUUACAGCCUUCGAAUUGGUUCACGACAAGAUUCCAGCUACACUCAUCACAGACUCUAUGGCAGCUGCGCUGCUCGCGGAUAAGAAUGUGGGCGUGAACGCAAUUGUGGUGGGAGCUGAUAGGGUAGCAGCCAACGGUGACACGGCCAACAAAAUCGGCACAUACGCGCUGGCUGUAUUGGCAAAGUACCACGGUGUCAAAUUCCUCGUCGCAGCACCACGCACAACCAUUGAUAUGGCCACAAAAUCCGGGGACGACAUCAUCAUUGAGCAACGUCCGGCAUCCGAGGUGACCAGCAUCAAGGGUCCCCGCGGGGGAUCUACGACUACCGAUAAGGUGGAGAUCGAAACUGUGAAAAUCGCCGCACCAGGGAUCAAUGUUUGGAACCCAGCAUUUGACAUCACUCCGGCGAGUUUGAUAGAUGGUAUUAUCACAGAGAUCGGGGUUAUGGAGAAGGGAUCCGAUGGCCAAUUUCACUUGGGUGGAUUAUUUGACGAGUCCACUGUUUGA